UCUUGUUGAUGCCUUCACUUCAAGAUGGCGACGCUGGAAAGAACGAAGGAAGUAACUUUGAAGAAUUAGUUUCUAAACAUCAGUUUCCUCGUCUCUGAGUCAAGUGUUAUUUCUAAUACAAAGACACUUAGAUAAUGCUGAAAGUCGAUGUCUCAGCAUAUUAUAAAACGUUCCAUUUUUUCAAUUGAUGCAUAUCCUAUUUUUAAAACAACUUUAUAAGUAUAGUAAGUUUUUUCUUCGUCCUCUUUCUUAUUCUUUUAUUUUAGCAACUUUAAUUAAGCUAUUAAUUAUUAGUAAUUAUUAUUGAUUCACUAUUUCCUUUAAUAGUGAACAACGUCUUUUCUUUGGUCGCCAAAGAAAUAAAUUCUCUUCAAAUUAGUUAUUUAUGUUCUAUAGAUCAGAAAGAAAGAGAGAAAGAGGAGAAGAAAAGACUAAAAGAAUAAAAAGUUUGGAUUUCCAUCAACGAAGAAUAUGGCCGACGGUCUGAGACACUUUGGUUCCAUUUGACACGUAUGUGUCUUACAUCGCUCUGUUCUCUCUUCGGUCGUUUCUCAAUACUAGACAAGUUGUACAAGGUUCUCUUAUGGUAAAAGCCUGUGUAAUCGGAAUAUUUUCUCUUAAUGCACUCAACUAUAAUUGGCCAUGAAAGAUGGAUGAGAAGCAUAAGGAACUCUUGGAAUUACACAGAUCCAAAUUUGUUCGGGCUAUUGAUGUUGAUCGGAUUUAUUCUAUUCUGAAAAGUGCUGAUGUACUCAGUGAUGAUGACAUUUCGACAAUCAAUAGUCAAACAUCAAAGACGGCCAAAGUUGAAAAACUACUCGACAUAUUACCGUCCAAAGGAAUGCUUGCUUUUCAGAACUUGUGUCAUGCCCUGGAAACCACUUACCCUCAUCUUUUGACUUUGAUGUUCCUUGGUGGCAAUCACAAAAACGAUUCCUGGGUAAGUCCUUAUACAGACACUCAGGAAAAUGGCCAUAGACAUCUUCCAUCAACAGAUACCACUACUUCUACAACCUCUUCUAAUUCCAAAACAUACACCAAGUUCAUUCCAUCUUAUGAAUACGAAUCACAGUUAAACCACAACCAAGCAUGUGGCUCUGAAAAAAAUACUACUACUGUCCCCCCAGGUCACAAUGGGAAUAGCAGUGAUUCACAUGCAAUUAAACCAAAACUUGCUGACUUUCAUUUCAUGCCCAAGGUUAGUCAACCUCAAAGCAACAAGGACUAUAGGUCAAGUCUAAAUGGGGAGGUUUGUCCUUCUGAAAGGGUUGGUGACUAUGAUUUACUCAAAGCACAAUAUGAACGGGCUAAAAAUGAGUUGCUCUCGUUAAAAAGACAACAGGCUGAAGCUGGAAAAGAUUCAGAGACCUAUCGCAAAAAGUACGUCUGUUUCUUAAAUUUGGUGUCACAGUCUGCUGAAAAUAAUGAUAAUUUUAGUAGUCAGAAUUUGGAUUUUAAUGCACGCAUGAAACGUCUUGAGCAAGAAGUCACUGAAAAGCAAGAAGUCUUAGAAUUGCGAAAGCAACAUCAGGAACCAACUCUAGAAGUUGGUAUGAAUGAGGUUGCUGGGAAAAUGUGUGAUAAUCCUUCUCAUACUUAUGAUGGAUUAUAUAAACAGUAUGAAAUACUUCAUCAACGUUAUACAGAUUUAGUUACUAAACACACAACAACACUUAGUGAACUGAAAAAUAUUCGUGAAGAAAUAGGGCAUACACAAAAAAGCUAUGAAGAUCUUUGUUUAGAGCGAGACAAUGCUGUGAGUGAAAGAAACAGUUUGCAGCAACAAUGCACCACGGCAAUCAGGAAUUGGGAUGCUUCCAUACACGAAAUCAGUGAACUUAAAGAUACAUUAGAUGUCUUAAAUCUGCAACGUGAAAAACAGAUUAAAGACUCUCAACAGACAAUAGUUAUACAUCUGCAAACAAAAAAAGAUCUGGAAAAUGUAUCUCGUGAACGAGAUGCUGCACUGCGGGAGUACUCUUUGAUUAUGUCAGAACGUGAUAUGGUACACAAAGAAAUAGAGCAGUUGCAAGACAAAGUUACGGAAGCGACCAAACGAAUUGAAGUUGUUGAAGGAGAAAAGAAAAACCUUGAGAGUGAUGUAAAAAAGCUGCAAAAUCAGGCUGUGGUGGCUUUAAAUGAACGUGAUAAAGCCCUUAAAGAUUAUGCAGAUCUUUUCCAAAAGUACAGUGAUGUCAUUACAAAACAUGAUGGCAACAGCAACCGAGAAGACUUUCCUUCCAGUUACUCUUUACUUUCUCAAGACCAUCUUAGUUAUAAUCACCAACAGAUGGAAGAACAGAACAUGUUGUUUCGGGAAAGUUUUGAACGGAUGCAAAUGGAGAAAGCAGAAGAAAUUGAACAGGGUGAACGUGAGGCAAAUGGAUUACGAGCUCAAAUUGAGAAGCUGCAGCAUGAAUUAAAUGAUGCACUUCAGGAAGCAGAGUUGGCUAAGAAACGCCGUGACUGGGCUUUUGGGGAACGUAGCAAGAUUGUUCAAGAACGUGAGAGUAUAAAGAAUUUAUGUGAUAGUCUCCGCCGUGACCGCGAUCGUGCUGUUAGUGAUUUGGCACAGGCAUUACGGGAUUCAGAUGAACUUAAAAAGCAGAAAAAUGAUGCACACCGUCAACUGAAGGAACUCAAAGAGAAGCAUGUUGCCUUCUUAGAGAAAGAGACACGAAAAUAUCAACUGAAUUCCAUUGGGCACAACCAUAGCCGUGACUCUGCUAUUGAUGCUGACAUGUUAGAAUGGGAAACAGAGACACACGAGAUAGACAUCAAUGGUCAAGAUACUAGCAACCUUGGUUUUGAGUUGGUUGGUGGUAUUGAUGAUCCUCAGUUUCCUCAUGAUACAUCAAUAUUUAUUGGUCAUGUCAACAAAGGAAGUCCAGCAGAUGGAAAAUUAAAAGUGAAUGAUAUUGUCAUUCAGGUUAAUAAUGUUGAUGUCACUAAUGUAGAACGGAAAGUUGCACUAGAGGCUAUCGUGAACACUGUUGGCAUUAUAAAAAUGGUCAUCCGGCGACGAAGAUCCAUGAUACGAUCUUGGCAGCCAAUUCAGCUCAAUGUAUCAAGCUUGAAAGAUAUGGGAAUCCAAAUAGAAAAUGGUAUUUUCAUCAGUCGCAUUUCUGCUGGUUCAGUAAUAGCAAAAGAUGGAAUGCUUAUUGUUGGGGACAGAAUCAGCAGCAUUAAUGGUCAGAACAUUGAUUGUAUGUCUGCUUCUGAAGUAACCAAAAUAUUACAGACAUGUGGAGAAAUGAUAAUGUUAGAAAUUUGGCGACAGACUGCCUCCCCUGCCAAUUCAACUGGUUCUUCUCCAACACCUAUCUGCCAAACCAUGAUUAGAUCAUUGCAUGAACAAUCUGUAAUUUCUGCUGCAACCUCUGAUCAUUCCUGCAAUGAAGCAGAUAAAGAUCACCUUUGGGAUAGUGGCUUAGAAGAAAGCAAAGACAGUAGAAGUGUUCGGCACAGUGGUUCCCAGACUGACAGUUUGGACAGUCCACAACCUCCACAUAGGAAAAGCAACAAAUCUUCACAUCAAAAGGAAUCUGAAAAUAAAAGCCGACACAGUGCAUCUGACAAGCUUUUAGAGAAAGCAUGGGACUUUUUCAAAAAAGGUCGUCAUAGUAAAUACAUUGAUAAGCAAGAAAGAAAUGCAGCUCAAACUGAUGAAGACAAAGUAAUUGCAGAAUUUAACACCAUGUUGAAUGAGCAAGAGAAUUACAAUGGUCGUAAGAAAAAAGAACUUGAACAUGAAAAUAGUGGUACCUGGCCAAAAUACAGAGGAAUGCAAACCAAUGUGUCUGGUCAGGGCACUGUAAUAGUUUCAUCACAGAAACGUAAAGACCGUCCACCAUUAUCUGUAAUAUUACAGGACUAUGUGCCUUCAUACAAAGCCCCUCCUGUCCCUCCAGAAAGAACUCACUCUUCAUUUGCAGCCUCCAUCAGACAUAGUCCUCAGAAUUCUGAGGUUGGCAGACAAAUGCCAUCUGCAAACAGACAUAGUCCUCAGAAUUCUGAGAUUGGGAGACAAACUCCAUCUGCGAACAGUCAGACAUCAAAAUUGAUGAAGCUGACUACAUUAACUCCUUAUUUAACCAAAUCUGUACCCCCUCCUUCAACCAAAGACCAUUUUCAGAAGAACAUGUCUGAUUGUAAGACAUUGCCUUCUAGCCACACUCCUCUUCACUCAAGUCCAACAGCACUUGAUGCAGUUUUUAUUGACUCUUAUUCCAAAGGUGUGCGACCAAAGUCCAUACCCAAUAAAUAUGAAAAGAAAUUGCAUCCUCUGCCUGCAGCUUUUAAUCAUGUCACAGCUCCACAGCUGAAUCAAAGGCGUUCUCACCCAUCUGAAAUGCCUUCUUUCCAUCCUUCAACACCAUUCGUCCCUAAAACAUCAUCUGUUUCGCCACCUUUACAAGAUUGCGGUAAUUUUCACCGACUCCCAGAUAGGUUGUCUCCAGUUGUCACAAAUCCACGUGCUAGAAAUGCAUCUAGUUAUUCCAAUAGUGUUGCUGGUCAGACCACAUUACUUCGACAACCAAACCAAAGUUCAAUCUACCAAGUACCCAGUCAUUCAAGCAAUGGACCAGUAAACACAAGUUCUUCAACUCUUGGAUCCAACACUCAUUCGGUGUCUCCUCGGCAUAGCUCUCAAUCUUAUAUCAAUACUUCAAUUCCUGAGAUGGAAGCUGACCGUACACCCUACCAUUUGCGCAGUAUAGACUUCCGUUCUAGUAUGUCACCCACAUCAUCACAACCUAGCACCAAUAACAAUACUCCAUCACACAAUGAAGACUUUCCAUACAAUCGGCUUCAACGCUAUCCAUUACAUUCUCGUGAGAUUCAGGAGUUCAGUGGAUGCUCUACAUUUCCAAAACAUGGUCAUGAACGAAUACGUAUUCCAUCCAAUACCAGCGUAGUAACGAAAUCUUCUGUGGGACGAAUUUCUACAAGUUCAUUUGAAGUUGUAUCAGAACGCAGCAGUCCAAUGUCACCUGUGAUGUUUCCUUUGGAACGAAGUUCCACACCUUCUCUAGUGCCACCUUUAUCUAAUUUUUGGGUCCAUUCGAAACAAGGAAGAAAACCUAAACCAGGUGAUACACGAAGUAUGAGCAUUGAAAUGUCUUCAGAACCUGUUGGCUUCAAAAUCGAAGCCUUGAAAUCUGGAGGCAUUUUUGUUUCAUCUAUAAGUGAAAAUAGUUUAGCCGUAGAACAUGACUUGUAUGUUGGUGAUCAACUUCUUGAAGUUUGUGGAAUCAACAUGCGAACUGCAACUUAUCAGUUAGCAGCCAGUGUAUUGCGUCAGUGUCGAGAAACCUUAACAAUGUUGGUGCAAUACAAUCCACACAAAUUCAACAGUGAACGGUCUGAAAGCAAUUUGUGCUCCUCACCAUCAGAUUCCUCUGAACUAUCCAAAAAACCGAAUCAUCUAGUCAGUAAUGAAACUAUAACUCCAUCCAGUCCAUCUUCAGAAAACACUCACCACAGAAUUAGUACCUUCAGCUCACCUGACUCUAUGCACCUACCAUCCAAUCAGUGCUGUGUCCAACUGAAGAAAACUAAGUCCACCAGUAGUUUAGGAUUGUCUUUUGUUGGUGGACAGGGCGGCAUUGGAGUGUUUGUGAAGGAUAUCCAUUCAAACAGUAUAGCGGAUGGUGUGGAGGGCCUCUCAAAAGGAUGUCAAAUUUUAGAAUUCAAUGGAACCAAUUUACGGCACGCUACCAUUGAACAGGCUAUGAGAGAGAUAUCAAAGGCCACCAACUCUGUGAAAAUUAUCUCUCAGUAUAAUCCUGAAAAGUACUUUCAAGGUAGAUGCAAUUCAGGAUUUCCUUUUUAUAUACGUGCCCACUUUGACUAUCAUCCAGAUGAUGGUGAAGAGAAAGGGGAGCUGUCUUUCAAUAGGAAUGAUAUUUUACUUGUAAAAGAAGGAUUUUAUGACAACCAAUCCGGGGACCGAGAUAGCAAUUAUACAUCUUAUUGGUUAGGAUGGUUAAUCAAUAAUCAAGGCAAGAAAGUAAAAUAUGGAAAAAUUCCCACUAGACUUGGUCCUAACUUUGAUCUCAAGAGAAGUAGUUCUGAGAGCUUGAAUCUCCUUGAAGAUGAACUCAAGUGUUCCAGGAGAGGCUCAGGAACUGUCCGGCGCAGUUUUUUCAAGCGGAAGAAGCAUCAGAGAACCAAUUCUCGUGACAGUCGCGAUCUCACAUCUUUUUCUGAUAUCUCACUUAAUGUUGAACUCCUUCCUGUUUUAGAUGAUGGUUAUUUUUGUGGAUUUACUAAAGUUGAGAAAAAUGAAGGCUCAGCUAUUCGUCCUGUUAUUUUGCUUGCUCCUUUAGCUGAACCUUUGAUCAACAAGUUAACUGCAGAGUCCCCUGAUAAGUUUUGCAAGUGUGAUAUCACUACAUUGGAAAAUAAUGCCCAGAAUAUAGAGAAAGGACAAGCUGAAGGCUUUAUUUUAGAAUGUUACAAAAGAGAAAACUAUUGUGAAUGUUAUACUGUAUCAUCUGUUAAAAGAAUCUGUGAUAAGAAUUGCCAUUGUUUGCUGAAUGUAAGUCCAGAAGCUAUUGACCGGCUUCACCGGCAGCAAAUAUUCCCAAUUGUUUUGUUAGUAAAACAGAAAACACCCAAGCAAAUAAGAGAAGUUCGAGAUGUCCAGUUUUGGACAGAAAAAAUUAGUAGCAAAAAUUCAAAAGAACGUUUUGAACAAUUCCAAAAAAUAGAACAUGAUUACCGGCAUCUUAUAACAGUAUUAUAA